GCCUUAACCCUAACACCCUAUAGUAUAGUGUGCUUGCACACAUACAAAUCUCCAUGUCUAUAUUGGUGAUAAGGGAUAUGUACUGUAUGUAUAGUUAAUGUGUUUGACAUGUGAAAACAAUAUUUUAACUACAUUGUAGUUCAUCCAUUUUCAUUUAUUGAGCCUCAUCAUUUUUUUUAAAGUUUAUCAUAAUAUGGUCAGGGAAAAUUUAAAAGGCCAAAAUUAGGCUCCUGGAUGAGCCUCUCCCUUCACCAACAUGUGAAUUGUAAGGCAUUGUAAGUGCAUUAGCUUAAUCCCUUCUGUCUGGAAAGCAGCACUCCAUGCGUUUCAGUAAGCAGGCACAUGUGUGGAGGAGCAGAGCUGAAGAUGGAGCCGCACACCCAUUAUGUGCUCGACACCUGUCACUGACCUGAAAUGAAGAUACUGCCCAACAUCUAGACAUUUGGACGACCUUUGUGAACAAUGCUGCAGUACAGCAUUCAUGUGUGGAUGUUAUGGUUGCUUUAUGCAGGCACUUUGUCAAGUGAGGACAUCAGUGGAUGUGAACUGCAGCCGUGCCAAAAUGGUGGCAUAUGUGAGAGCCACAGUGGGGGAUUCAAAUGCCUUUGCUCCCAGCAGAGACAAAAUGGACGCCUCUAUGGGGGUGAGAAUUGCACAGUUGCACUUUCAGGCUGUGAUGACGACCAGUGUGAGAACGGAGGAGUUUGUUCUCCGUUACUUGUGAAUGACCAGCACACUUACACAUGUGUCUGCCUUGCUGGCUUCACAAGCCCAAAAUGCAAAACCCCCACGGUCUUUUCAUUUGAGUCCAAAGGCUACAUUUACAUAGAGACACAGCUUCGGUACCCAGAGGCUCCUCUUCGUGUCAAAUUCAGCUUCAAGACAGAGAGAGCAGAUGGUACAAUCAUGCAGCGCAGAGUGGAUGACCUGCUCCUCAGCAUCGAGCUGAAGGAUGGGCAUCUUGCCCUCCGCAGCCUGAAAGGUCAAGCCACAAGGACGCUGGUUCAAGAACUCCCAGAGUACCUGUCAAACCAACAGUGGCACACAGUAGAAGCAUCACUGGGCAGUGUGGUCAGCCACAUCAGGCUGCUCUGCACUGAAAGAGACUGUCCAAGAGACUCCAGUGUUGGAGUCCAGCUGCUGGACAGAACUUCUGCUCUCACCAAGCCAGGAGUAGUUCGUCAAAGCCUCUUCAUAGGAGCAGCGAGAGGUUUGGACAGAGCUGUGGAUGAAGCAGAGUACCCAUCUGCUUUUCGUGGCUGCUUCAGAGAUGUGUUUGUGGAUUCACAUCUGGUGUUACCAGAGCCAGAGAAUUCAGACACUCAGACAAACGUUACUGUGGGAUGCAGUAACAAAGACAAGUGUGAAAGCAGCCCGUGUCAGAACCGCGGACGCUGUGUCAGCCAGGGCUGGAGGAGCUACAUGUGUGAGUGCCACAGACCAUAUGAGGGACACGACUGUGCCGAGGAGUAUAUCACUGCAAGGUUUGGAAACAAAGACCUGGAGAGUUACGCCGUCUUCUCCUUGAAUGACGACCCAGGUGAUGGCGUAAUCAUAUCCAUGUUCAUUCGCACCAGACAGUCCAGUGGCCUUCUCCUCAUCCUGGCCAACAGCACCAGCCAGUACCUCCGCUUGUGGUUAGAGGAAGGCAGGGUCAAAGUCCAGGUCAACAACUUUGAGACCCUUGUUGGUCAGACGCCUAUCAGCGAUGGACACUUCCAUUUAUUGACUGUGAAGAUGGAAGGAAUAGCAGCCAACUUGUUCCAGUCGGCCCAAGACGAGGGCUCCAUGUCCAUCAGGCACACCAGAGCCCACUCUGGGGAUCUGGUUUUCGUUGGUGGGCUGCCAGAUUCAAGGGCCUCAGCUAAGUUUGGUGGCUACUUUAAGGGAUGUGUACAGGACCUGAGGAUUAACAGCAAACGGCUGCAGUUCUAUCCCAUACAAACUCCAGUGGAAUCUCACAGCCUGGGAAAACUCAUCAGUGUCGCAAAAGGAUGCAGCAGUGACGACGCCUGUGCUGUCAAUCCCUGUCUCAAUGGGGGAGUGUGUUACUCCAUGUGGGAUGAUUUCAUCUGUAAUUGCCCCCCCAACACUGCAGGGCAGCGCUGUGAGAAGGUGAAAUGGUGCGAGCUGUCUCCCUGCCCCUCCAGUGCCGUUUGUCAGCCCCGCUCUCAGGGCUUUGAGUGUUUGUCUAAUGUGACAUUUCGGGAUGAAAGCAGUGUUCUGCUCUACCGGAGCAACGGCAAGAUUAGCCGCAACCUUACCAGCCUGUCCCUGAGUGUCCGCACAAGACAGUCCACUGUCACCUUACUGCACGGACAACAGGGCUCAGCCUACCUCACCGUGUUCCUCCACAACUCUCAUUUGGUCACGGAGAUCAAGGCUGCGGAUGAAAAGGAUUCCUCCAAGGUGACAGUUCAAAGCCAAGGUGCCAUCAGUGAUGGAGUGUGGCACACAGUGGAGCUCAGCAUGGAGAGCAAGACACGACCAGCCUCCAGGUGGAUCAUGGAUGUGGACGGGAGCCAGAGGGAGCAAAGCAUGUCCAGAACAGCUACAGGAAACCUGGAUUUCCUCAGGGAGGGGGCAGACAUUUUUGUUGGUGGACGCAGCCUGGACACUAGAAUGAAACUGUCUGGUUGUCUGGGUUCUGUGGAGAUCGGAGGCCUUCUCCUUCCUUUCCACUCGGACAGAAGGUUGAACCUCCCCAGACCUCAGGAGGAGCAGUUUGUGAGGGUGAAUGGCAACGAUGCCCUGCAGCACAGCUGCUCGGGAUCCAGUGUGUGCGCACGCAACCCCUGUGAGAACCAGGGUGUGUGUGAGGAUCUCUUUGACCUGCAUCACUGCACAUGUCCCUCUGAGUGGACAGGGCCGCUGUGUCAACAUCCAAUAGACGCCUGUGUCUCCGGUCCGUGCAUCUACGGCAGCUGUACCAAUUACCCGGGCGGGUUCAGGUGUGUGUGUGAGCCGGGCUACAGUGGUGAACAGUGUGAGGUUGAAGUUGACAUGUGUGAAAACAGCAAUUGCAGCAACGGUGCUACUUGCCUCAAAGGCGUCCAGACCUACUCAUGCCUCUGCCUUCAGAACAUGACAGGCCAAUACUGCAGCGACAAAGUCCCUGAGAUCCCAUGGUACAUCGAGACAAAUCCACUUCCUCAGCUGCCUGUGUCUACAUGUAUGGGUACAAGAUGGAAAUAUAGCUGCUAUAAUGGAGGGAGCUGCUCAAAAUUCAGCACCUGUCACUGCCUGCCGGGCUUCACAGGACAGUGGUGUGAGAAGGAUGUCGACGAAUGUGCCUCAGACCCAUGUAUGAACGGAGGCUUCUGUGUCAACUACGUGAACAGCUUUGAGUGUGUGUGUGACAUGAAUUAUUCGGGGGUUCAUUGCCAAAUGGACGUCAGCGACUUCUAUCUGUACCUCUUCUUAGGCCUGUGGCAGAACCUCUUCCAGCUGGUGUCCUACCUCGUCAUCCGCUUGGACGAUGAGCCCGAAGUCGAUUGGGGAUUCUACAUUAAUGAUUAGGCCCCUUCUUGUCUAUUACUGCGCAGACAUCUAGAAGAGAUUAUUUGAUGAAUGGGAAAUGUCACAUGAUUGUGCACAGAGAGUUUGGUGACUCUCUGUGGCCAAUAAUGUUACUACAACACACAACAUUGUUUUUUUUUAUAUUUAAGGUUAAUUUGCAGCAAACCUCAGAGAACAAUACGUAUUCCAAAAAUGUACUGACAUGACCCAAGUCCUUCAGCACAAAACAAAAUCCUCACAAAAGCAAAAACAGAUCAUCUAAAUUAAUUAAUUUGGUGAUUAAUAUUUUAUAUUGUAUAAUUUUGUAUAAAUGUAUAAUAUCUUUUGUUGUUUUUCUCUUGUGCCUUCAUUUUUCUUUUUAAAUAAUUUUUUUAGUUUUGCAAAAUAUCUUUUUCUGCAGAAAUGAAUUGUAAUUAGACUCUAUUUUAUUUAAUUGUCCAGGCAAGAACCGAUUACCUGUCUAUAGCUGAGACGUUGUAUAUGUAUGUGACCUAAAAUAAAUGAAUACAGGAUAUUCUGCAUUUACAAUACGUGAUAUGUAGAAUAAAAAAUAUAUACAUACUCAUUGAGGAACUACUGUCAUCUCAAAGUGCAACGUAAUAAUCAAAUAUAUAUAAUAUAUAUAAAAAUAUAUAUAUAUAAACCCAAAAAUAAAGGUAAGAAAAGCUUAAAAGAUCUUGCAAGGAUGUCCUUGAGCAGUGCUUUAAGGCUGACGUCACUCUGGUGAGACUUUAUAGUAGUGAAUCUCUCAUCUGUGUAUGUGUUCGAAGUCCUGAGCUGGAGUGACGACAGUGCAAUGUCCUGAUGGGAACCUCAGCAGAGGUUUGGCUGUGGCUCUGCAGUGUCACUAAACUGUCCAUAGGUGUCACAUUUGUCUCCUGUAACCUGUUUCUGCAAAGAGCUAUCAGAGGGCAGGCAGAAAAAGGGCUUUAAGAAUCAUCGCCAACUCUACUUAUAACGAACCAAGACAUUCAUUAUUCCUGAACCUACAGACACUAGGAUAUUAAUGUAUUUUCUUGUUUUGAUUAUCGGGGUUUUUGUUUUAUAAAUCCCACGCUGACAGGUAACAUAAGCACGACACCAACCGACGCCUUUUCUGUCUAUUUCUCUUGUGCAGAAUGCUGCUAUUUAAUUUAUAAAAAAUGUGUGUUAAGAUGUGUCAACACAAAUGUACCUGCAUUUAUUUGUGAAUACCUGUGACUGAAAUAAACUAACUAACUAACUAGCCGGACUAACAAAUUCACCUUGCUUUGCCAAGCGUGUUCCCUGAAGCUUUAGUGGUGACACAACAGCUGCUGCACUGGUGUGUAAAUGAACUGUGAGCUCUGCUGGAGCUUUUUCUUUUCUUUUUAAGUUGAGGCAAGGAUAAGAUCUGAUCCCACAAGUUUCUUUGCUCUGAAAAACCUCAAAACAGGACUACUCUCUGUUUCCUCCACAUCCACAGCUGUCAUUUACACAAAAACAAGCGUCUCUUGGCUCACCGGGACAGAUGAGACACUCUGACCUCUUCCUCCUCACGAGUGGUGGCUGUGUUUGGUGCAUCUAGAAGAGGCUGAUGCAGGGUCACAUGGUACACAUGGAGUCUUGGGAAGACAGUGAGGCCCUGCUGUGCAGCUCUGAUUGACCUCUGAGGACACAGACAGCUGAUUACACAAU